AUGAAUAUAAAUCCCGUCGUUAUAAAAUCAAAGUGAGUUUUAAGACAUUCUAUGUUUCUCUAUGAAAUAAAAGUUAUCACAAGAGAUGUUUAAUAUUAAUGACAAUUUUCUAAACAGUUGUGAUACUCAGCGUCCGCGGAACGCUGGUCAGAAAAUUUAUGCUGGCCGCCCACGAGUUGGAAAUGACACGAGGGGAGUGGGCUUUCCUCGAUGUCGAGAUAUUUCACGGCUCUUACUGGGGCGAUCAUGACUGGGAGGUCGGAGACGAGGACGAUGCCGCUGCCAGGAAGGCUUAUGAGGCUUUAUUGAGGGUGUCUCUUCUUCAGCCGACUACUUCGCGAUUUCAGGGUUUUGCCGAUAGUGUCAGGCAACGCGCGCAGUCGGAUUACAAUUACACAUUUUCGGAGGGCGAAGAAGUGAGCCAAUUGUAAUAAUACUUUAUAGUUGAACCCGCUCA